AUGCCGCCUCGACAGGAAUGUACACCUGAAGAUAAACAUCCAAUGUAAGAUGUAUUAGAUUGUUCGGGAUGUCAGAGAGUGAUAAAUGUAAUUAGUUGUGAGAUACUUGUUGUUUUAAAGUCUGUUUUUGAGUUUGUAGGUAACGAACCUGAAUAUUAUAGUAGAACAUAUUGCGUUUGGUUAUAACUUUUUUUAAAAAGCAGCUAGCAAUCUGUAAUUUUUUGAAAAGUUAGAACAUUUAUCUUGCUAACUGUUUGUUAAAGAUAAUUUUAAAUUUCAGAGGGAUCUUGAAGCUAUUUUACUUUUUCUCGACGGAUUUUUAAAAGUUUUACUUUUUUGUUGUUUUUUUGUUAUAAAUUGUCUAUAGUUGGAUUGAGCAACUCAAAUUUACAUUGAUUAUUAUGUUUACUAAAUAUUUUUAUAAUUCUUUGCGUUUUAUAUUAACCUUGACAAUGUUUUAGAACGAUCAAGAACGAUGAAUGCAAGGAGUUCAAUUUUGAGGUGGCUAUCAUGGAAAAAGAUCUGAAAGAUCAAGGAAUUCGAUUUAAAUUUGAGGCGAAACGAAGUUUGAUCAAGAAUAAUGUUACGUGAGUUUUAUUUUUAUUACUUUUUGUUUUUUGGUAUAGAAACCAUUGUUGUUCAUGACUGUGGAGUUUUCAUGGCUAAAAUACCUCGUUUUUAACAUGAAAUUGGACUUUUUCGUUAGAAAAUGACAUAAAUAUUGUUUGAAAUUGUGUUUUGUGGAUCUAAAUCUUUUGUUUUGUUGAAAUCUCGAUAGAUAUUACGAAAAAACAGCCAAUUUUACAUCAAAAACGAAGGUUUAACUAAUAUUUUUGUUGAAGUUAACAAUUUCUUUUGGGUUUUCUUAUUAUUUUUUGAUUUUUUAGGGUCGAAGUAUGGUUUGAGCAUUGUUUAGGAUUCACAGUAUCUCGGGAAAGGACCAAUAACGCCAGAUUCCUUAUAAGACAUCCAUGUAAGUUGAUGUAGAAGGCCUUUUGAUGUUUUGAAGCAUUCUUUGUUUGAUUUUGGGAAGAAAUUUGAUUUUUUAUUGAUUUAGUACUUGAAUACUGUUUAAUAUCAUAAUUAUUGAUAUAAACAUUGACAUGUCUAAUACCUCAAUAUUUUAGCUCCAAAUGCUACUACUGACUUUAUAUACGAAGAUCAAUAUUUUGAAGUGUCGGUUUCGGAAAAUGCAGAUAUAAUUGAGUUUUAUGCACCAAGAAGUCGAUACACAAGCAAAAUGCAGUUCGAUUGUGGUCUGAACUUGAAAAAGAUCGAGGAGGGAGACAAUCAUACCUACCUGAGUGUACCUAUUGGCUUUAGAUACGAUCGGAAUAAUCCUACUGUUUUUGUCAAGUUUGUAGGUUUUUGGGGGUGGAUUUUGAAUUUUUUAAAAAUUUUUGAUUUUUUAAAUUUUUGAAAUUUUGAAUUUAAAGAAAAAUUUCAGGACAACAGCGUGUACUACGGUAAAGUGCCGAAACAAAUCGAGGAAAAAAAGGAUAAGCAUCUCCAUCUUACUGAACCUGCGAACACCUGGGUUAUGCCUCUUGUAUUCAUCUCUGCUUCAUUGUAGGUUUAUUGUUUACUAAACUUAAAAUGGCAAAAACUUUCUUUACAACACAUAGAAACGCAGAAACUUUCUUUACAAUACAUAAAAUAGCAAGAAAUUUCUUUACAAAACUUAAAAUGGCAGAAACUUUCUUUACAGAACUUAAAAUGGCAGAAACUUUCUUUACAGAACAUAAAAUGGCAAUAACUUUACAAACCUCAAAUGGUAAAAACUUUAUUUCCAGUAUCUAAAAUUCUGAUUUUUCUUAAUUUCAGCGUUUUAAUGUUAGCAUUCGGUGCCAUCGUUGGAUCCUAUUACAAGUUUUGUCACAAACAGUCGGAACCAAACAAUGAAUUCAGCUCAAGAAAGGAAGAUCAUUCCGACCGGUCGAAGAAACAAGAUUCCAAAAAAGAAGUCAGUAGUGGUAGCAAAACCGAGGAUUCUCAGAAGUCGAAAAAGCAGAAUUCAACUCAAGGUUUGGGCAAAGAGGUCGCUUCUCAAAAGGGCACCGUCAAUACCUCGAAAACCACCACUACUUCGAAUGAGCAUUAA